UGUUUAAACUGCCAGAAGAAUGCGGUUGUGUGCGAAGGGUACCCUCCGAAGGAGAUCUGGAAAAGUGGUAAACAGAAGAUGGAGGACGCGGCACGUACCAAAGCGCUCGCAGCUGUACCGCGCUCCCUACCUUUGCUCAUCGACGGCGUAGAAACCGAAAUCGACCGACGAUUCCUUGACCAUUUCGUCUACGGCUUCAGUCGUGUGCUGACAUUAAUCAACGAUGACACCAAUCCGUUCAAAGAAAUCCUCCUUCCCAUGGCCGCUCAACAUCGAGGGUUGAUGCACUCGCUCAUGUGUCUGUCCGGUUCACAUCUGUCGGCGUUCGAUCCAGAGCCCAUGCUGAAGGAGCGCAAAUUCUACCAUUUCCAUCAUGCGAUUCAAGAUCUCAAAGACAGCAUCAUGUCGUCGAGUGUCAAAUCGUCGGGAACUUCCCAGGAGCCGGAGCUUUUGGUAGAGGAUCCCAUCAUCGCAUCGACCAUCGCUCUCAGCCUCAACACGAUCUGCGAAGGGGAGACUAAGGGCGAGUACAGGCCGCAUAUGGAUGCGGCGAGGUAUCUGCUGGUGACCCAGCAACCACGAAACGAGAAAUUCCGGCAGUUCAUCGUCGAGUUCUUCCAAUACCACGACGUAUCCAACUCAAUCACCUCUCUGGACCGUCGCCCCGCCCUUCGGAGUGAUGAUCUAAAACUUCCCGACUUUGUGCCUCAGCAAGCCGGAAUGUUUCUCGGCGUGUUCGACGGUUUGUUCAAUUAUAUUUCCGAUGUCACAAGGCUGCGCGAUCGCAUUCGGCAGCGAUCAAACGAUGGAUACGAGCCUGCGGUUGACUACCAGAUUCUGAGCGAUGCCGUCUCGAUAGAUUCAGCCAUUCGGGCAUGGGAAACAUCACAUCCCCCGACACCCCAAACUGGUUCCUGGCACAGCUGUACCCCCAGUGAGAAGAUUGCUCAGGUCGUGGACGAUGGUCUCGCCUACUUGGAUCAACUGCCGCAAGAUUCCGGAGCCUUUAGCAUCGUACUGAUGCCCUUGUUCCUCCUUGGUUGCUCGGCAUUCCUUCCUCGUCAGCGAGAACGGAUUCAGAAAGGCUUCGAGUCCCUCAAGGCUUACUCCAACCUGCGUAAUAUCGAACCCGCUUUCAAGGUGGUUCGACGGGUAUGGGAGAUCAUGGACACCAAAACCGAAGACAGCUGGGACUGGGAGAAGAUCAUCAACGAUAUGAACAUGGACUUCCUCAUCACCUAGCCUUUGUUUCCCCGUCCGUCCUUGUGUUAGUCAAUAUUCCCUCUUGCAUUCUCGUGAAGUGUGAUGAUAUAUGUAUGUUAGUCAUGAUUUUCUUUCUUUCUCUUUGCUCUCUUCUGAUCUGGGAGCAUCCACCAUGGUUGGGAUGAUGUGAGCACAUAUGGCGUUCUGUGAUCAAACAUCUGCAUCGGGGGUUUUCUGAGGUUCAGCGGUAGGUUGUGGUCUGACUGUGCGGGCGAUGUGAGGACGCCCAGCAAAGCACCGAAUCGGUGUUUGUGGAGGUGUUUGAGCAAUACCGUCCACUGAGGCAUGGCAGGCAACGUCCAUACUUGAAAACAAAAAA